AUUAAAAUUGAUUUUUAGUGACUCCAGCAUCACCACACUGAGUCGUUAACCUGUGUGACUCAUGAAGUUUUUUUUAUUUUAUUUGUUUCCACAACGCACCUGGUCCCCAUGACGUGACAGUGUACACACAGACUGGUGACAAUAUCAAGAAGAUAAAGAAGAGAAGAAGAACACUACAAAGAUGGGAAACAGUCACUCUGGAAAAUAUGUCCAUUAACUGCUUCUAAAUGAAGACAGACGGCAGACUUUGCUCUAACUGUUUCCCAGAUGCUUGAUGUUGUGCAACUCGUCAUGUGGUUUCUCCAGUCGUUUCACAGACAGAUCCUGACAUGUUCAUGCCUGUCCAAUCGCUGCAGCCUUGUUUUCCCACUCAUGUGUCAUCUAUUGGCAGGUGUUCAGAUAUGUGCUUGUGAAUUUCGGAGCCCACAUCAGUGUGCAGCAGACAAUCAGUUUACAAGCAACCGAUACAGUAUGACGGAGGAAAGUAGAAGAUAUCUCUUGUUGAGGAUGCUGCUGGUGGGGAUGAGCCUGCUUUUGAUCAUUACCUCAGCAGCCGUUCUGUUUCUGCUGGUGAGACAGACACAGAUGAUGGGGGAGAUUGCGAGGUUGGAUGCUCAGGUGCAUGAGAUGAACUACAGGGUAGAGAUGGGGGUCUUGUCCUCUGACCCUGACGACGAACCAGAACUGAGCAUGCCACAUCGCAGCAGAAGAAGCCAUGAAGGAGAAGAUGACGACAACAAGGACAUGCUGAUGAUGAUGUCCUACUCCAUGGUCCCUGUCAAAACCCUGAUUGACCUUUGUGCCAGCAACAAGGGCGUUUGUUUAACAGGUCCACCUGGACCACCAGGUAUGCCUGGCCGAGAUGGACUACCAGGACCACAAGGUGUGCCAGGUCCAGAAGGGAAACGAGGACGUAGAGGUCCCCCUGGACCAACGGGUCCACCAGGUCCACCUGCUGCAGCCUGUCCUGGUUGUACAUGUAACAACGUGGAAAACAAAACCACCAGUCAUUCAUCUAUUAAGAAUUUGGGAUCUUCUCAUAACAACAUUAAUGAAACCGACAUGAAUAAUUACACCAUCACCAGCCUGAGGAACACUACAAAUGGAACCAACACAACACUGAUCAACACUAAUACAACCAGCACACUGCUGAAUUAUAAAAAUGCAACCUGUACCAGUAACAAUCCCACUAACACAAGCCUGGUCAACAGAAACAAUACCAACAUGCUGAAUGGAACCAGGCCAAGAUCUGACAAGACUGUUUAUACAAAGACUCUGAAUGAUUCUCAUAAAGAGCUGAUCAACAAAAACAUUACCAACAUAAAAAACGGUACCAUCAUAACACAGGUCAACACCAGUAACACUAACAAGACAAAUGGUACCAUCAUAAGACAGGUCAACACCAGUAAUACUAACACAACUAACAGUACCAACACAACUAAUGGUACCAUCAUAACACCGAUCAACACCAGUAAUACCCAAAAAUCAAAUAGUACCAACACAGGACUGGUCAACACCAGUAAUACCAACACAACUAAUGACACAAACACAAGACUGUCCCACACCAGUAUGAGUAAGAUGAACGCUACUACCACAAGCCUGGUCAACACCAGUAAAACCCACAAAAUGAAUGAAUCCAACACAAGAUUGGUCAAUGCACAUAGGACCAACACAACCAAUGGCACCAACACAGGUCUGGACAACACCAGUGAUACCAACAUAACAAAUGGUACCAUCAUAAGACCGACCGACACCCGUAAUACCAACACACUGAAUGGCACCAACACACUACUGGUCAGCAACAGUAUUGCUGACACCAUAAAUGAUACCAACAAAAGUAUUGUCUCCACCAAUAAUAAUAACUCCUCCAAUAGUACCAUCACAAGACCGAUCAAUACAGUAAAUGCCACCUACACUAGAAAUAAUACCAAUCUACUGAAUUAUACAAACACUUUAAAUAAUACCAGUGUGUGGAAAGAUACCAACCAAAGACUGGUCAGCAACAAUGACACCAACCUAAAACUGGUCAGCUCCACAGGUGGUACCACACUGUUGAAUGAUACCCAGAUGAGACUGGUCAGCCCCAUGAAUGGCACCAACUCCAUAAAUAAGAGCACCACUACCAGUGUUACCAACCACACUGAGCCAGUCAACACCAAUAAGACCAGCAUGUGGAGUGUUACCAACAAAGGAAUGGUUAACAACACGAAUGGUACCAACACAAUCGGCGAUACCAGCACCAGGAACCAUACUAUUAUAGGACUGGUCAGAACCAAUGAUACUAUGCUGAUUUCUACCAGUACAAAGCUGGUCAACAGCAACACUACCAACAUGGAUAACAACACCAACCCAGCAGUGAAAUUGUUAUUAGAUCUGUUUUCUGAAAACUCUGGCGAUGGUGAUGAUGAUGAUGUUUUUAAAAGCAGUGGAAAUGAAACUGAUGCUAUAACCAUUAGUGAUUCAGCUCCACCUGAUUUGGUGGAUGAAGAUAAUUCUUAUUCUCAGGCAGUAAAUAUAACAGUGGCACCUUUAGAACUAUUUACAGUGGUACCAACAGAACAUUCAGAAGUUGAAGACAGAGAUGUGAUUACUCCUACGGAGGUGUUUACAACUUCCAAUGAGGAAACUGAAUUAGUCACUUCAGAUGAAGAAACCAACAAUUUGAAUGACUCCGACACAGAGGACAGAACAGAAACACCUAUAAUAGCUGAAGAAAUUGUGGAUCAAAACAGAAAUACCUUCAGUGAAAGUGUCACCACAACUGGUUUCACAAUGACAAGUGAAUCACCAAUGGAAAAUCCUGCAGAGAACACACUUGUUACUGACACUGAACUGCUGUCUGAAAAGGCAGAGAGAGAAGAAGACGAAGCACUUGAUCAAGAUAGAGCUGACAGUGUCACAGAGCCACCAGUGAUAUUAUUACCAACUUCACAUUCUGUGGAACUGACAUCAGUGGCAGGUGAUGGGAGCAGUGAGUUUUCUGAAACAACCAUAGAAAUAGCUGCACUGCCUAAGGACAAACAAAGUGAUGACUUGGCUGGUGAUGGACAGAUGACAGAAAGACCUACACAAAGUGAAACUACAACACCUUAUCCUCCUGACAACAUGGGGACUUCUGAGUUUAUAAAGAGCACUAACACCGAGUCUGAGGCCGAAUCACAUCACGAAGACAGGAGCGAUGACAACGUCGGUGAUACUGGAGGUGACAGCGUUACAAAGGCCCCAAAGAAAAUACUAAUAACCUCACAUUCUGAUGAAAUAGUUCAGAAGAGGAACAGUGAGAAUGUUAUUAAUACAGAAAGGGGAAGCGACUCAAUUCCACCUCAGAAAAAUAAUAAAGAUAAUAUGCCAACUACUGAGUGGAGGCAUAAAAAUGAGUACAACAUAAAAUCUCUAAAGUGUUCAGAGAAAGUUCUGAAAAUGAACAGCACAUUUGGAGCCUGGUUGGCAGAUGCAUCCCGAAUGAAUGACAGCCGAUACUGGCUGGCCGAUCAUUUUUCAGGUCGAACUUUAACAGAAUAUGAGAAUUUGGCGGCAAUUCAGAAAGCAAGCAACAAAACUAUAAAUGUACGAAGACUGUACCAGGGUUGUGGUCAUGUCGUGUACAAGGGCUCAUUUUACUUUCACAACGCCGGCACCAACAAUCUUAAAAAAUUGAACUUGAAGACUGGGAGGACACACACACUGUCUAUGACAAACAGCAAAUUCAACAACCUGACAUAUCUCUUCCCCAACUCAAAGACGUACUUUAAGUUUGCAGUGGAUGAAAAUGGACUUUGGGUCAUUUUUGCAUCUGACAUAGAUGAUAGUGUGAGGGUUGCCAAGCUCAGCACGGACAGUUUCUCCGUGGAGACUGUCAUUAACACUGCCUACCCUUCAACCAAAUCAGGGAAUGCGUUCAUCGUAGAUGGGAUUGUGUAUUUUACUGAAAAUACAGACACCAGGAUAACACAUGCCUUUGAUUUGAAGAGAGAAAUUGCUCUUGAUGUAGGUUUGAAUUUAAGGUCAAACAAAGACAUCAUGGCUAUGCUGUCAUACUAUCCCAACAAAAGGCUUUUGUUCAUGUGGGAGAACAGCCAUGUAAAACUCUGCAAGGUUAAACUCCGAGCACCCUGAGAAAAGAAAAGAAGAAAAUGUGUUUUAAAUAGUGUUUUCUUUUAUUUAAACCUACACUGUGGAGGAUUUACUGUAACAGCAUCCUGUGUUGAAGUUGCCUGUAAUGACUUUGUAACUCGGACUUCACUUUUUAUGACCAGGCAUGUCAUUACCUGACCAUGUUGUAACCUUCAGUAAACAUUACAUGAAUCACAAAAA